AUGGCGUCGGAAUCGGGAACUCCAGCCACGCCGCCUCCGAAUCAGAACCCGCCUGUCGGCGCGCCUGGCUCCGACACUCCUCCAGUUAACACCGCCCCUUCCGCUGGCGCAUCUGGCGGCGGGGUGUCUGCCUCGCCGGCUUCAGCGGCGGGCGCUGCGGGCGAGGAGCAGAUACUGGAUCUGGAGUCGUACGCCGCGAAUUAUUCCGGCCACACGCGCAUCGUACGGCUGCGAUUCAUCGCGGAGCGAUGCGCCGCGAUGGGGCAGACGGCGAUGGAGCUCGAGGCGCUGCGGAUGGCGGCGGAUGAGCUGAAGCGCGGCGAGAACAGCGCGGCGUAUAAGGAGGUCGUGGCGAAGAUCGCGGGGCGCCUCGGGCCUAAGUACGAGCUGGACCAGGAGUGGGUGGAUUCUGUAGAGCGCCGCGCGGUGCAGAAACAGGAGAAGCUUGAGAUGGAGUUAAACGGGUACAAGACGAACCUGAUAAAAGAAUCCAUUCGCAUGGGGUACAACGAUCUCGGCGACUUCUUCUACUCGCGGGGGGAUCUCCAGCAGGCGUUCCGGUGCUACGUGCGCACGCGCGACUACUGCAUCACGUCCAAGCACACCAUUGCCAUGUGCCUCAACGUAAUCGUCGCGAGUGUGGAGCUGGGACACUUUGUGAACGUGAGCAACUACGUGCAGAAGGCCGAGCGCGGCAUGACAGACCCGCUGGUGCUGGCGAAACUGAGGAGCGCCGCUGGGCUUGCGAGUUUGGAGGGGCGCAAGUACAAGGCCGCUGCCAGGAAGUUUGUGAGUGCCAGCUUCGACAUGGGCAACAGCUACUCCGAGGUGAUUGCACCCCAGGACGUGGCGGUGUAUGGUGGGCUCUGUGCUCUCGCUUCGUUUGACCGUGCGGAACUUAAGAACAAGCUGAUAGACUCUGUCAACUUCCGCAACUUUCUCGAGCUCGUGCCGGAAGUCAGGGAGCUCAUAUACGACUUCUACGCCAGCCGAUAUGCCUCGUGCCUGAAAUAUCUGGACAAGCUCCGGCCAGUGCUAGAGCUGGAUCUGCAUCUGCAUGACCAUGUGGCAGCGCUCUACCAGCAGAUCCGCCAGCGCGCUCUCAUUCAGUACACCACACCCUUCAUAUCCGUCGAUCUCCGCACGAUGGCCUCGGCGUUUAACACGAAUGUGGCGGCUCUUGAGAAGGAGCUUGCUGCGCUUAUAAUGGAUAACCAAGUGCAGGCACGCAUCGACUCACACAAAGGCAUUCUAUAUGCUCGUCAUGCUGACCAGCGCAAUGCAACGUUUCAACGAGCCCUUGCAGCGGGCAAUGACUUCCAACGAGACACACGCGCACUGCUGAUUCGGGCGAGCUUGUUGAGAGCUGAAAUGGGCACGAGGCCACAGCGUCUUACUGCGUUGCUUUCCCAGUUUCACUUCAACUUCGCGACGACGCUAUCCAGCUGGCAUCUGGUGAUCACAUUCCUAUCGCUGCACGUCGCGCGGACGAUCGGGUUCUUUGAGCACAAGGCGUUCGACUCUAAGGUCGUCAUCGGGUUCGGCUUGCUCAAUGGCGCGUCCAUCGGCCUCCUGAACCUGACACUAGGGUUCAAUUCUGUUGGAUUUUACCAGAUGGCCAAGCUCGCCAUCAUCCCGUGCACGGUCUGUCUGCAAAUCCUCUUCCUGAAGAUGAGAUUCAGUCUUCAGGUGCAGGCAUCCCUACUGGUGCUGCUGCUGGGCGUGGGCAUCGCCACAGUCACGGACUUGGAGCUCAAUUUCGUUGGCACCGUGCUGGCGGCGCUCGCCAUCGUCAGCACCUGCGUUGCUCAGAUUAUGACCAACACGAUUCAGAAGGGGUACAAGGUGAGCAGCACGCAGCUGCUGUACCAGUCGUCGCCCUUCCAGGCGCUCAUUCUCAUCCUCUCGGGGCCCUUCGUCGACGCCUACCUAACUGGCCACAACGUCUUUGCCUUCGACUACAACUUCAACGUCAUUUCGUUCAUCCUGCUGUCAUGCUUCAUUGCCGUGGCGGUCAACUUCAGCUCCUUCCUAGUCAUCGGCAAGACGUCGCCAGUCACCUACCAGGUGCUAGGCCACCUCAAGACGUGUCUGGUGCUAGGUAUGGGCUACCUGCUGCUCAACAACCCCUUCAGCUGGCGCAAUGCGGGCGGCAUUCUGGUUGCGCUGGUCGGCAUGGUUCUCUACUCCUACGUGCAGAUCCAAGAGGCCAAGUCCAGAGAUGCUCAGAUUUCAGCUCCUCCCUCGGGUGGCUUAAGUUUUGAGAAGGCCAAUGACAGUGACCGUGAAACUGAUAACACUCGUUCUGAGAAUGACCCCCUCCUUAUGGCUGAGAUGGGAAGGUCAAGGGGAUGA